AUAAAGAGGCCUCUCCACGGCUGGGAGUUCACACCCUCUCGUUUAGCCUAGGGUUCCUAGGUCCCCAAAAUCUUUUGUCAUUUUCCAGUCUCUUCCAGUUUUUAACCCAAAGACUUCCUUCUGUGUAGAGCAUUUUCUACUUUGUCCACCUUACUUACUUCCACUGCCCAGGUCGGACAGCUUCCUUCCAGCAUCUCCUCUAAAACAUGAGCUCCUGCUCUCACUCUCAGCAAUGCCAGUCUUGCCGGCCCAAAGGUGAUGCCAGCCGCCCUUACUACACUUGGAUCUCCGCGUCCCAGCCAGAGUCACUUACUUCCCCAAGCCGUUACUCUAAUUGCCACAUACAAAGUCCGGGAAAGGUCCAGCCAAACACAGCAAUUUCUCCUGCUCCUUCAUCCAUGGAUAAAUGUAUUCAAGACACUCCUGAUUCUGCCACUAGCCCUACUUCAAAUAGCCUUUCCUCCCAGAACAAGCCUAAGACCCAUCAGGGAAAAGAUCAAAGCCCCAUCAAAAAACCUAAGAUGAGAACAGUGUUCUCUCAGGCUCAACUGAAUGUACUCAACAGCAGAUUUGUAGAGCAGAAAUACCUAAGCCCACAGCAGAUCCGAAAUGUGGCUGAGAAUUUGAACCUUACUUACAAACAGGUCAAGACCUGGUUUCAGAACCAGAGAAUGAAAUCAAAGAGAUGGCAGAAAGAUACCAUGUGGACAAAGAACGGCAACCGUAAUGUUCAGAAUGGAUCAGCUCUUGGGGAGUACAUAAGUCUCUACUCUCCAUUUCACCAGGACUAUAUGGUUAGUUCUUCUGGAACUCUUCCAGUAUGGAGCAACCAGACUUGGAAUAAUCAGUUCCAGAAUAGUGGUGAGGGCUCCUAUCAGCAUCAGAUAUUUCAGCACUCUUACCCUGCCAGUGACUUGGGGGCUACCUUUGGAAAUAACACUGGUGGGGCUUAUUCCAUGAAAUCACAGACUUCUUUGAGUUUUAAUACUCCCUACCCCAUGGAAUAUCUCCCAAGCUACUCCAUGAACAUGCAGCUGACCCACAGCAAGUCAGAAGAGGACUAUGAUUAUCGGCAGGCCAGUGAUGCUCAAACGCAAUUCUUAGAUCCCAGUGUGGUACCUGUAUUCCAGUCAUAAUCUGGGCAGUUAAUUUUUCCUCCUAGAAAAAGUACUCUUUCCAGGGCUCCUUAUCACUGGUUUCUUUCCCCUCCUUUUUAUUGUCUUUGUUAUGUGAUUGUUGUGGUUGCUUGGUUUAUAUGAGUGACAGAUGUCUUUCUUACAUACAAGUAGAGGGUCUCUAUCCUCUGUUUUUCUGGCUGGCUCCAGGUUUAAGCAAGGUUGGACUAUAUAGAAAGUCCAUAAAUUUCAGAAUCCUGGUCUAAGUGACAGGAUGAAACCCCACAUCACUGGGGGAAGAAAGGUAUUAAAGAAAUGUAAUGGGAAAGGACUUGUUGGGAUUUCAAUGGCUUUGUGUUUUGUUUUGUUUUUUAACUUAGGGUUUUGGUGAAAUAUUAUGGAUACAGUAAAUUAAAGCUAGUUAUCUUUCUGGAUUUUUAACCUUAAUAUAUUCCUUUAAUAGAAACAUAAAGAAGUUCGUGCUAGUGUUUUCCCUCUGAGAUUAUUCCCCAAUUUAUCCCUUAUAUGUUAUCUGUCUGUACUUAAUUGGUUGCAUGUUCUGUCUCCUGUUAGAUUGUAAGCUCACUUGAGAGCAGAACUGUCUUUUGCUUUUCUUUGUACUUACAGUGCUUGGCACAGUGCCUGGUAAUAUAUCCUAGGCUCCUUAAUAAAUACUUGCUCACUUCA